AUUCCCUCAGCCAGCCAGGACUCCGCAACCCAGCAGUUGCCGCUGCGGCCACAGCCCGAGGGGACCUGCGGACAGGACGCCGGCAGGAGGAGGGGUGCGCAGCGCCCGCGCAGAGCGUCUCCCUCGCUACGCAGCGAGACCCGGGCCUCCCGGCCCCAGGAGCCCCCAGCCGCCUCGCCAGGUGUGUGGGACUGAAGUUCUUGGAGAAGGGAGUCCAACUCUUCAAGGUGAACUAUGACCACUUUACUCUGGGUUUUCGUGACUCUGAGGGUCAUCACUGCAGCUGUCACUGUAGAAACUUCAGACCAUGACAACUCGCUGAGUGUCAGCAUCCCCCAACCGUCCCCACUGAGGGUCCUCCUGGGGACAUCCCUCACCAUCCCCUGCUAUUUCAUCGACCCCAUGCACCCUGUGACCACCGCCCCUUCUACCGCCCCCCUGGCCCCAAGAAUCAAGUGGAGCCGUGUGUCCAAGGAGAAGGAGGUAGUGCUGCUGGUGGCCACUGAAGGGCGCGUGCGGGUCAACAGUGCCUACCAGGACAAGGUCUCACUGCCCAACUACCCGGCCAUCCCCAGUGACGCCACCUUGGAAGUCCAGAGCCUGCGCUCCAAUGACUCUGGGGUCUACCGCUGCGAGGUGAUGCAUGGCAUCGAGGACAGCGAGGCCACCCUGGAGGUCGUGGUGAAAGGCAUCGUGUUCCAUUACAGAGCCAUCUCUACACGGUACACCCUCGACUUUGACAGGGCGCAGCGGGCCUGCCUGCAGAACAGUGCCAUCAUUGCCACGCCUGAGCAGCUGCAGGCCGCCUACGAAGACGGCUUCCACCAGUGUGACGCCGGCUGGCUGGCUGACCAGACUGUCAGAUACCCCAUCCACACUCCCCGGGAAGGCUGCUAUGGAGACAAGGAUGAGUUUCCUGGUGUGAGGACGUAUGGUAUCCGAGACACCAACGAGACCUAUGAUGUGUACUGCUUCGCCGAGGAGAUGGAGGGUGAGGUCUUUUAUGCAACAUCUCCAGAGAAGUUCACCUUCCAGGAAGCAGCCAAUGAGUGCCGGCGGCUGGGUGCCCGGCUGGCCACCACGGGCCAGCUCUACCUGGCCUGGCAGGCUGGCAUGGACAUGUGCAGCGCCGGCUGGUUGGCCGACCGCAGCGUGCGCUACCCCAUCUCCAAGGCCCGGCCCAACUGCGGUGGCAACCUCCUGGGCGUGAGGACUGUCUACGUGCAUGCCAACCAGACGGGCUACCCCGACCCCUCAUCCCGCUACGACGCCAUCUGCUACACAGGUGAAGACUUUGUGGACAUCCCAGAAAACUUCUUUGGAGUAGGGGGUGAGGAGGACAUCACCAUCCAGACAGUGACCUGGCCUGACAUGGAGCUGCCACUGCCUCGAAACAUCACUGAGGGUGAAGCCCGAGGCAGCGUGAUCCUUACCGUAAAGCCCAUCUUCGAGGUCUCCCCCAGUCCCCUGGAACCCGAGGAGCCCUUCACGUUUGCCCCUGAAAUAGGGGCCACUGCCUUCCCUGAGGUUGAGAAUGAGACUGGAGAGGCCACCAGGCCCUGGGGCUUUCCCACACCUGGCCUGGGCCCUGCCACAGCAUUCACCAGUGAGGACCUCGUCGUGCAGGUGACCGCUGUCCCUGGGCAGCCGCAUUUGCCAGGGGGGGUCGUCUUCCACUACCGCCCGGGACCCACCCGCUACUCGCUGACCUUUGAGGAGGCACAGCAGGCCUGCCUGCACACGGGGGCGGUCAUUGCCUCGCCAGAGCAGCUCCAGGCCGCCUACGAAGCAGGCUAUGAGCAGUGUGACGCCGGCUGGCUGCGGGACCAGACCGUCAGAUACCCCAUUGUGAGCCCACGGACCCCAUGCGUGGGUGACAAGGACAGCAGCCCAGGGGUCAGGACCUAUGGCGUGCGCCCAUCAACAGAGACCUAUGAUGUCUACUGCUUUGUGGACAGACUUGAGGGGGAGGUGUUCUUCGCCACACGCCUUGAGCAGUUCACCUUCCAGGAAGCACUGGAGUUCUGUGAAUCUCACAAUGCCACGCUGGCCACCACGGGCCAGCUCUACGCCGCCUGGAGCCGUGGCCUGGACAAGUGCUAUGCCGGCUGGCUGGCCGACGGCAGCCUCCGCUACCCCAUCGUCACCCCAAGGCCUGCCUGCGGUGGGGACAAGCCAGGCGUGAGAACGGUCUACCUCUACCCUAACCAGACGGGCCUCCCAGACCCACUGUCCCGGCACCAUGCCUUCUGCUUCCGAGGCAUUUCAGCGGUUCCUUCUCCAGGAGAAGAAGAGGGUGGCACACCCACAUCACCCUCUGGUGUGGAGGAGUGGAUCGCGACCCAAGUGGUUCCUGGUGUGGCUGCUGUCCCCGUAGAAGAGGAGACAACUGCUGUACCCUCAGGGGAGACUACUGCCAUCCUAGAGUUCACCACCGAGCCAGAAAACCAGACAGAAUGGGAACCAGCCUAUACCCCAGUGGGCACAUCCCCGCUGCCAGGGAUCCUUCCUACUUGGCCUCCCACUGGCGCAGCAACAGAGGAAAGUACAGAAGGCCCUUCUGCAACUGAAGUGCCCUCUGCCUCAGAGGAACCAUCCCCCUCAGAGGUGCCAUUCCCCUCAGAGGAGCCAUCCCCCUCAGAGGAACCAUUCCCCUCAGUGAGGCCAUUCCCCUCAGUGGAGCUGUUCCCCUCAGAGGAGCCAUUCCCCUCCAAGGAGCCAUCCCCCUCAGAGGAACCAUCAGCCUCAGAAGAGCCGUAUACACCUUCACCCCCCGUGCCCAGCUGGACUGAGCUGCCCAGCUCUGGGGAGGAAUCUGGGGCCCCUGAUGUCAGUGGUGACUUCAUAGGCAGUGGAGAUGUUUCAGGACAUCUUGACUUCAGUGGGCAGCUGUCAGGGGACAGGGCAAGUGGACUGCCCUCUGGAGACCUGGACUCCAGUGGUCUUACUUCCACAGUGGGCUCAGUCCUGCCUGUGGAAAGUGGACUACCCUCAGGGGAUGAAGAGAGAAUUGAGUGGCCCAGCACUCCUACGGUUGGUGAACUGCCCUCUGGAGCUGAGAUCCUAGAGGGCUCUGCCUCUGGAGUUGGGGAUCUCAGUGGACUUCCUUCUGGAGAAGUUCUAGAGACCUCUGCCUCUGGAGUAGGAGACCUCAGUGGGCUUCCUUCUGGAGAAGUUCUAGAGACUACUGCCCCUGGAGUAGAGGACAUCAGCGGGCUUCCUUCUGGAGAAGUUCUAGAGACUACUGCCCCUGGAGUAGAGGACAUCAGCGGGCUUCCUUCUGGAGAAGUUCUAGAGACUACUGCCCCUGGAGUAGAGGACAUCAGCGGGCUUCCUUCUGGAGAAGUUCUAGAGACUACUGCCCCUGGAGUAGAGGACAUCAGCGGGCUUCCUUCUGGAGAAGUUCUAGAGACUACUGCCCCUGGAGUAGAGGACAUCAGCGGGCUUCCUUCUGGAGAAGUUCUAGAGACUACUGCCCCUGGAGUAGAGAUCAGUGGGCUUCCUUCUGGAGAAGUUCUAGAGACUACUGCCCCUGGAGUAGAGGACAUCAGCGGGCUUCCUUCUGGAGAAGUUCUAGAGACUACUGCCCCUGGAGUAGAGGAGAUCAGCGGGCUUCCUUCUGGAGAAGUUCUAGAGACUACUGCCCCUGGAGUAGAGGACAUCAGCGGGCUUCCUUCUGGAGAAGUUCUAGAGACUACUGCCCCUGGAGUAGAGGACAUCAGCGGGCUUCCUUCUGGAGAAGUUCUAGAGACUACUGCCCCUGGAGUAGAGGACAUCAGCGGGCUUCCUUCUGGAGAAGUUCUAGAGACUACUGCCCCUGGAGUAGAGGACAUCAGCGGGCUUCCUUCUGGAGAAGUUCUAGAGACUACUGCCCCUGGAGUAGAGGACAUCAGCGGGCUUCCUUCUGGAGAAGUUCUAGAGACUACUGCCCCUGGAGUAGAGGACAUCAGCGGGCUUCCUUCUGGAGAAGUUCUAGAGACUACUGCCCCUGGAGUAGAGGACAUCAGCGGGCUUCCUUCUGGAGAAGUUCUAGAGACUACUGCCUCUGGAGUAGAGGACAUCAGCGGGCUUCCUUCUGGAGAAGUUCUAGAGACUACUGCCCCUGGAGUAGAGGAGAUCAGUGGGCUUCCUUCUGGAGAAGUUCUAGAGACUACUGCCUCUGGAGUAGAGGAGAUCAGUGGGCUUCCUUCUGGAGAAGUUCUAGAGACUUCUACCUCUGCGGUAGGGGACGUCAGUGGACCUCCUUCUGGAGGAGAAGUUCUAGAGAUUUCUGCCUCUGGAGUAGAGGACAUCAGCGGGCUUCCUUCUGGAGAGGUUGUAGAGACUUCUGCCUCUGGAAUAGAGGAUGUCAGUGAACUUCCUUCAGGAGAAGGUCUAGAGACCUCUGCUUCUGGAGUAGAGGACCUCAGCAGGCUCCCUUCUGGAGAAGAAGUUCUAGAGAUUUCUGCCUCUGGAUUUGGGGACCUCAGUGGACUUCCUUCUGGAGGAGAAGGUCUAGAGACCUCUGCUUCUGAAGUAGGGACUGACCUCAGUGGGCUUCCUUCUGGAAGGGAGGGUCUAGAGACUUCAGCUUCUGGAGCUGAGGACCUCAGUGGGUUGCCUUCUGGAAAAGAAGACUUGGUGGGGUCAGCUUCUGGAGACUUGGACUUGGGCAAACUGCCUUCUGGAACUCUAGGAAGUGGGCAAGCUCCAGAAACAAGUGGUCUUCCCUCUGGAUUUAGUGGUGAGUAUUCUGGGGUGGACCUUGGAAGUGGCCCACCCUCUGGCCUGCCUGACUUUAGUGGACUUCCAUCUGGAUUCCCAACUGUUUCCCUAGUGGAUUCUACAUUGGUGGAAGUGGUCACAGCCUCCACUGCAAGUGAACUGGAAGGGAGGGGAACCAUUGGCAUCAGUGGUGCAGGAGAAAUAUCUGGACUGCCCUCCAGUGAGCUGGACAUUAGUGGGAGAGCUAGUGGACUCCCUUCAGGAACUGAACUCAGUGGCCAAGCAUCUGGGUCUCCUGAUGUCAGUGGGGAAAUACCUGGACUCUUUGGUGUCAGUGGACAGCCAUCAGGGUUUCCUGACACUAGUGGGGAAACAUCUGGAGUGACUGAGCUUAGCGGGCUGUCCUCUGGACAACCAGGUGUUAGUGGAGAAGCAUCUGGAGUUCUUUAUGGCACUAGUCAACCCUUUGGCAUAACUGAUCUGAGUGGAGAAACAUCCGGGGUCCCUGAUCUCAGUGGGCAGCCUUCAGGGUUACCAGGGUUCAGUGGGGCAACAUCAGGAGUCCCUGACCUGGUUUCUGGUACCACGAGUGGCAGUGGUGAAUCUUCUGGGAUUACAUUUGUGGACACCAGUUUGGUUGAAGUGGCCCCUACUACAUUUAAAGAAGAAGAAGGCUUAGGGUCUGUGGAACUCAGUGGCCUCCCUUCCGGAGAGGCAGAUCUGUCAGGCAAAUCUGGGAUGGUGGAUGUCAGUGGACAGUUUUCUGGAACAGUCAAUUCCAGUGGGUUUACAUCCCAGACUCCGGAAUUCAGUGGCCUACCAAGUGGCAUAGCUGAGGUCAGUGGAGAAUCCUCCAGAGCUGAGAUUGGGAGCAGCCUGCCCUCGGGAGCAUAUUAUGGCAGUGGAACUCCAUCUAGUUUCCCCACUGUCUCUCUUGUAGACAGAACUUUGGUGGAAUCUGUAACCCAGGCUCCAACAGCCCAAGAGGCAGGAGAAGGGCCUUCUGGCAUUUUAGAACUCAGUGGUGCUCAUUCUGGAGCACCAGACAUGUCUGGGGAGCAUUCUGGAUUUCUGGACCUAAGUGGGCUGCAGUCCGGGCUGGUAGAGCCCAGCGGAGAGCCACCAGGUACUCCAUAUUUUAGUGGGGAUUUUGCCAGCACCACCAAUGUAAGUAGAGAAUCCUCUGUAGCCAUGGGCACCAGUGGAGAGGCCUCAGGACUUCCGGAAGUUACUUUAAUCACUUCUGAGUUCGUGGAGGGUGUUACUGAACCAACUGUUUCUCAGGAACUAGGCCAAAGGCCCCCUGUGACACACACACCCCAGCUUUUUGAGUCCAGUGGAGAUGUCUCCACAGCUGGGGACGUUAGUGGAGCUACCCCAGUGCUCCCUGGGUCUGGAGUAGAAGUAUCAUCAGUCCCAGAAUCUAGCAGUGAGACGUCCGCCUAUCCUGAAGCUGGGUUCGGGGCAUCUGCCGCCCCUGAGGCCAGCAGAGAAGAUUCUGGGUCCCCUGAUCUGAGUGAAACCACCUCUGCAUUCCACGAAGCUGACCUCGAGAGAUCCUCUGGCCUAGGAGUGAGCGGCAGCACUUUGACAUUUCAAGAAGGCGAGGCGUCCGCUGCCCCAGAAGUGAGUGGAGAAUCCACCACCACCAAUGAUGUGGGGACAGAGGCACCAGGCUUGCCUUCAGCCACUCCCACGGCUUCUGGAGACAGGACUGAAAUCAGCGGAGACCCGUCUGGUCACACCUUGCGGCUGGGCGUUGUCAUCAGCACCAGCAUCCCAGAGUCUGAGUGGACCCAGCAGACCCAGCGCCCUGCAGAGACGCAUCUAGAAAUUGAGUCCUCAAGCCUCCUGUACUCGGGAGAAGAGACUCACACAGUCAAAACAGCCACCUCCCCGACAGAUGCUUCCAUCCCAGCUUCUCCAGAAUGGAAACGUGAAUCAGAAUCAACGGCUGCAGCCCCCGCCAGGUCCUGUGCAGAGGAGCCCUGUGGAGCUGGGACCUGCAAGGAGACAGAGGGACACGUCAUAUGCCUGUGCCCCCCUGGCUACACUGGCGAGCACUGUAACAUAGACAUUGAUGAGUGCCUCUCAAGCCCUUGUCUGAAUGGAGCCACCUGCGUGGAUGCCAUCGACUCUUUCACAUGCUUAUGCCUUCCCAGCUACGAAGGGGACCUGUGUGAGAUUGACCAGGAGGUAUGUGAGGAGGGCUGGAACAAGUACCAGGGCCACUGUUACCGCCACUUCCCGGACCGCGAGACCUGGGUGGAUGCUGAGCGCCGGUGUCGGGAGCAGCAGUCACACCUGAGCAGCAUCGUCACCCCGGAGGAGCAGGAGUUUGUCAACAACAAUGCCCAAGACUACCAGUGGAUCGGCCUGAACGACAGGACCAUCGAAGGGGACUUCCGCUGGUCAGAUGGACAUCCCAUGCAAUUUGAGAACUGGCGCCCCAACCAGCCUGACAACUUUUUUGCCGCUGGAGAGGACUGUGUGGUGAUGAUCUGGCACGAGAAGGGCGAGUGGAAUGAUGUUCCCUGCAAUUACCACCUCCCCUUCACGUGUAAAAAGGGCACAGUGGCCUGCGGAGAGCCCCCUGUGGUGGAGCAUGCCAGGACCUUCGGGCAGAAGAAGGACCGGUAUGAGAUCAAUUCCCUGGUGCGGUACCAGUGCACGGAGGGGUUUGUCCAGCGCCACAUGCCCACCAUCCGGUGCCAGCCCAGCGGGCACUGGGAGGAGCCUCGGAUCACCUGCACAGACCCCACCACCUACAAACGCAGACUACAGAAGCGGAGCUCACGGCACCCUCGGAGGAGCCGCCCCAGCACAGCCCACUGAGAAGAGUUUCCAGGACGCACCCAGGACGCUGAGCCCAGGAGCCUGCCAGGCUGACGUGCAUCCCACCCAGAUGGUGUCCUCUUCUUGUCGCUUUUUGUCAUAUAAGGAAUCCCAUUAAAGAAGGAAAAAAAUAAA